CGCGCAGGGACCCCCGGCCCGGGCACGGCCCAGCCCCGCGGGCCCCGCCGCCACCGCCGCCCCGCUGCAGGCGGGGGCUGGCCGCGGACAGCGGGGCCGCAGCGCCGCAUCUUUGUUCGGGCAACUCGCCCCUUUUGGAGGAGCCGCACGGGGGAAGUCUUUGUGCGCGCCCUUCCCCCCAGGCCAGGCGGGGGACAAUGUCUCAGCCCCGAGGCAAGAAGAGAAACCCUGGGCUGAAAAUUCCUAAAGAAGCAUUUGAGCAACCACAGACAAGCUCCACGCCACCCAGAGAUCUAGACUCCAAAGCCUGCAUCUCUAUUGGCGAGGAGAACUUUGAGGUGAAGGCCGAUGACCUGGAGCCCAUCUCCGAGCUGGGACGAGGUGCGUACGGGGUGGUGGAGAAGAUGCGGCACAUGCCCAGCGGGCAGAUCAUGGCAGUGAAGCGGAUCCGAGCCACAGUGAACAGCCAGGAGCAGAAGAGGUUGUUGAUGGACCUGGAUAUCUCCAUGAGGACGGUGGAUUGUCCCUUCACUGUCACCUUUUACGGGGCACUUUUCCGAGAGGGAGACGUGUGGAUUUGCAUGGAGCUGAUGGAUACCUCACUGGACAAAUUCUACAAACAUGUCAUUGACAAAGGCCUGACAAUUCCCGAGGACAUCCUGGGGAAAAUCGCCGUCUCUAUUGUAAAAGCACUAGAACAUCUCCACAGUAAGCUCUCCGUGAUCCACCGAGAUGUAAAGCCCUCUAACGUGUUGAUCAAUACGCAGGGGCAGGUGAAAAUGUGCGAUUUCGGCAUUAGCGGUUACCUCGUCGACUCGGUUGCUAAAACCAUGGAUGCAGGAUGCAAACCCUACAUGGCUCCUGAGAGAAUCAACCCGGAGCUGAACCAGAAGGGGUACAGUGUCAAAUCUGACAUCUGGAGCCUGGGCAUCACCAUGAUCGAGCUGGCCAUCCUGCGCUUUCCCUACGACUCCUGGGGGACGCCCUUCCAGCAGCUCAAGCAGGUGGUGGAGGAGCCGUCGCCGCAGCUCCCAGCAGAGAAGUUCUCAGCGGAGUUCGUGGAUUUUACCUCGCAAUGCUUGAAGAAGAAUUCCAAAGAACGGCCAACAUACCCAGAGCUUAUGCAACAUCCUUUCUUCACCCUGCACGAAUCCAAAGAGACAGACGUCGCCUCUUUUGUCAAGCUCAUCCUGGGAGACUGAGAACUGGACUUGUAAAUGAAUUGCCCUUCUGUGGACUGGUGGGUGCAGGGGAGGGGCGCGUGGCAGGACUUGUCAUGGAAGCACCAACAGAAAGUCGCCGUGUUUUUGUUUUGUUUUGUUUUUUUAUUCUGAGAAACCCCCACCUUGCCGAAGUUUUUUAAAGGGUUCUUUGGUAUCCAUAGUGACAUAGAACGAGCUGGUUAGUGAAAUGAAUUUUAAUAAGGUUGGUAACCUUAAAACAAAAACAAAACAACAAAAAAAAAAAGAAUUUAAAAGAGUGAUUUACAUAUUUAAUGACAGUCGAAGUCCCUCUUCCUAACUUGCUCCUCAUCCCCCUUCCCUUCCCCGUGAACCAGAAUUUGCUUUGUCAUGGUAAUAGGUGCUAUGGUAGUCAUGAAGUUGUAUGUAGAUUUAUAUUUUGUCCCUUCCAUUAUUUUAAUAUUUAUGUUAAGUGCUUGAUGGAAUAGAUUUCUGUUUUAUAUGAGGAUGAGUGCGUGGUGACGAUGAUGAUGCUAAAUGAGGCCACAGCAAGCAGCAGUCGUAGGGCUUCGCUGGGGGAAAAGGUGUCAGAGGAAAAGAGGAAGAAGAGGAGAAGUGUCUCUGUUGUGGAAAAUAUUUAAUGUGCAUCGUAAAAGGAAUUUAUAAGCAAGACUUGCAGCUGCUCGAGCUGCUCUCACAGAGUGUGAGGUGUAAGAAAGGGAGGUCCCGGUGCCCCUUCUCUGGACACCGUGCUCCGAGCCCAGCCUGGGGGGCACUGCCAGCCCCCAGCUGGGACAGCCCCUGCCCCAUGUCCCAGGGCCUCACAGUGGGUAGGUUAUGGGGUCUGGAGUGGGAAUCGCUGGGAUGGUGUCUGGGACAAAAGCCCCAGAGGGAAGGAGGUUGUCAGAUGAGUUGCACAAAGGUGAGGAGGGGGCUGCGUGGUCAGUGCCCGCCUGCCCGUGGGCCCAGCAGCGUUGCAGUGCCCGAGGCUCCCUUGGGCUGGGGAUGAGCUGCUUUGGGCCUAAAAGGGAGUUCCUCUCUCCUUCUCCAGAUGGGACAGGAUCACAGGAUGCAUGGCAUGACACCUGUGAAAAAUGGGAUGCUUUAGAGUUGGUUUCUAGGGCCCUUGGCACUGUGUGGGCAGCAAUCCCUCCGUGCUUGCCCACACUUUGGGAGUGCUGGUGCUCCCCAGGAGCCCGUGCUGGCACGUGGUUUGGGCUGUGUCCAGCUCUGGCUGGGAUGCUGAAGGCAGCAGGAGCGCUGGGCUCUGGCAUGGGCUGCAGGUGUGUCCUGUGGGAGCUGCAGCCUGGAAACCAUGCAGGGACACCACAGCCCACCCCUACCAGGGGCUCGUUGCUGUUGGAGAAAAGCUGCCAGCCAAGGGCAGGAGAACAGGGGCUGUUGGGGUGGGAAGGGAGACACAGAUCACUCAGCCUUUGGGUCACACAGUUACUGUCCAGAGAGGGGGGGACUGUGCACUGUGAGGUGUUGUGGGGCUGGAGCGAGGCUGCUCCAGCUUAACGCUGUUGGACUGAGCCACACCCGCCCAGCUGCCUCCCCUGGCCAGGAAGGCCUUGGUCUCCUUCUCCCAGCCCUGUGAAGGGCACUGCCUGUGCCUCCUGCCCCUCCACACGCUUCCCAUCCCCAUCCAUCGCUUUGGCGCAGCCUCUCAGAGUCAAACCCCAGCUAGAAACUAGCCUUGCUCUGCAGUGUUCAUUGUGCAGGAGAUAACUCAGCCUGGGGUCCAGCUCUUGCUCUCCCAGUUUAGCAACUCCAGACUCCGCUGGUGCGGGCUGGGCUUCCGGAACAGUCUGAGCGUAUUUUGGGAAGCGAUCCCUUGGAAGGGCUGAUGGGGAGGGCAGAAUUUAAGAGCAGGGGUUCCCCAACGGUGGCACCUCUGGUGCUGGGGACACACCAACGCUUUGGAAGGCGCACACAGACACCACCAGUGCCUGGGCUGGCACUGCCACCGGCACGGCCGUGGCUGGCACUGCCCACGGGGGUGGCUGUGAACCCAAAAACGGGAAGAGAUAGGAGAGCUUUGCUCACGGGAGUUUAUCAACCCUUGUGCCCCUCGGGGGGGGGCUCUAAGAGGGCUUGCAGGGAUUGGGGUGCAGCUCACAGGUCAUGCAGACUUUGGGGAGGAGGUUCCACAUCCCGCUCCGUGCCGAGGGGAACCUUUCAGGUUGCGUUUUGUGGCGGAUGAAACACGAGGAUGUUUUACUUCACAGUGUAAUUUUAAGAGGCCUCGCAUGGCUCGUAAUCUGCCCUCUCAUAUUCCAUGGUGUGUCUGUGUGUGUGUUUUCUCUCUCUCACUUUCUCAGAGUCGCAGAGCUGUUUUGAUUGAUUGUCCUCAGCUGCAGCUAAAAGUCCAGCCAGCCAGUUUAUAGACGUGGUUCCAGCAUCAAUUCUCGCUUUGAAAAACAUGACAUUUAAAACCACCCUUUGGUUUUCCUACAUAUGGAUCUGAUGCUUUUGUUAAAGAUUGUUUUUGCCGCUUUUCUCCUGGAAUAUAAGUCUCAUUUGGACACCGCA